AUGCACGGGCCAUUCAAGGGGCACCACCCGCGCCUCGGCCACCAUACCGCCUCCGUGGGCCAUCACUGGUUCGACGGCGGCCGCCACUCGGGGGCGGGCGCAGCCAGCGCGGGCAAGCGCGCGCCGUUCGGCGGAGGGCACCAUCCGCGGAAGGCGGACGGGACGUUCAUGUUCGGGCACCACCCGUCCGGCGUGGGACAUCAUCUGAAGCGCGGGCAGAAGUGCUUGGGUAACCAGACCAUUUGUCUCAUCUUCGCUAAGGAAAACCCCGGUUUCGACGUCUGCUGCGGUCGUGCCUGCCGCAAUCUGCGCAGCGACGUGUUUCACUGCGGAAACUGCCUGACAGCGUGUCCGACGGGCCACCAGUGCUGCGACGGCGCGUGCGUCAGCACCAUGGACGAUCCACGUCACUGCGGCGGCUGCUACAACACGUGUCCUGCUGACGCGGCGUGCCAGCUGGGCAUGUGCGGAUACGGCAGCAGCAGCGGCGGUGCGGGUGGGCAACCCGGUAGUUCUGCCACAGAGAGCGGCAAUAGUGCUGGCAAUAGUGGUGGUGCUGGUGGUGGUGCUGGUGGUGGUGAUAGUGGUGGUGCUGGUGGUGGUGAUGGUGGUGGUGCUGGUGGUUUUGCUGAGGGUGCUACCAGCAGUGACAGUAAACGGAGCAGCGCUGAUGCUGAUGAUUCCGUAGGAGCCAGUUUCAAGAGUGGUUACGACAAUGACGGCAGGCUGGGCACUGUUGACGCGCAGAGCAGCACCGGCACCACCAAAUUCAACACCAGCGGCAGCAGCAGGGGAGGAGGAGAGGGGGACGGAGAGGGGGAAGAGGGUGGAGAGGAGGAAACGGGAGGAGCAUCAGGAGAAGCAACAGGAACAGAGGGUUCGGAGGAGAAGUCUACUGGUGAUAAAUCAGGAGAAAAUUCAGGAGAAGACUCAGGAGAAAAGUCAGGAGAGGAGUCAGGGGAGGAUUCAGGUGAUAAAUCCAUGGGGAGUGGUGAUUCCAGCGAGCACACGAGCGUUCUUUGGCCCGAGCUGGGUGAGGCUUCAGGUGGGGCGUCAGGUGAAUUUUCAGCCUCAGGUGAAAAUUCAGGUGACGGUUCAGGUGGAGCGGACGAUUCAGGGAAAAGUUCUGGAGGUGACGGUGCGAAGGAGAAAGCAGGAGCGGAGGAGGGGAAGGAGAGUGCGGAAGAGAAGAGGAAGGAGGAAUGGAAAGACCAUGUGGGAGGGAAGGUGAUUGAUCUAGAUGAGUGGCAGAAAGGGGUGCAGGAGAGCAGCUAUCAUUUGAAGAUGACGAAGGAGGGCCAGGAGGGCAAGGGAAAGGCGAUUGAAGGGCGAGGGCACUCACAUUCAAGCAGCGAGGGUAGCAAGGGAGGCAAAGGCCUGGGGAGCAGCAGCGGCGGCAGCAGCAAGGGAGGGGUGCAGGAGAGCAGCUAUCAUAUGGAGGUGACGCGGGAGGGCAAGGUGACGCAGGAGGGCAAGGUGACGCAGGAGGGCAAGGGGAAGGCGAAUGAGGGAAAAGGGUUCUCACACACGAGCAGCAAGGCCAGCCAAGGCCGCAGCAGCUCCAGUGGUGGUGGCGGUGGCGGCGGCGGCAGCAGUGGGAGCAGCAACAGCAAAGGGGCGAGAAACGAAUUCAAGGUGAAGAGAGAACGCAAGGAGAAGGGAAGUAGUGCUGAGGCAGGGGGGGAGCCGGGGAGGAAUAGCGGUGGGCAUGGUGGGCAUGGUGGUGGCGGAGGGGAGAGGAAGAAACAGUCGAGUAAGAAGCAGCAUGAGACGAAACACGAGCAAGAGGCGCAACAGAGGCUGAAAGAAUCUCCACAGCUGGCAGAGGUGGUACAGAAGGCAAAGGAGGAUAAGCAAAAGGAGGAGGAGCAACGGCAACAGCAAGUGGAAGAGAAGGAGCAGGAGGGACAGCAGAAGCGGCUGGGGCAGGAGAAAGUUCAGGAGGAGGAAGAGGGGAAGCAGAAGCAGCAGCAGCAGCAGCAACAGCAGCAGCAGCAGCAGGGGGAAGGGAUGCGGUUCGAGGAUGAGUGGCAACAGUUGCUGGCAGCGGCGGACAGCAGCAGACUCGCCACGCAGUCUGCUGCAGGCCAAGCCGGUACUGCAGGAAGCAAGAGUGGCAGCAGUGGUGGCGGCAGAACAGGUGGCAGCAGCCAUGGCACCCACGCUGCUGGCCAUGCUCGCACGGGCGAGAGUGGAGGUGGCAGCAGCAGUGGCAACAGCAGUGGCGGCACAAGCCAGAGUCUUGACGGAGCUGCGGAGAGAGGGAAGGGAGUGGGUGGGGAAGGGCGGAGUACGGUGGGGGGAGGUGCAGAGGCUAAGGAGGGGUGGACGCCAGUAUCAGCGUUGAUUGCUAUGCAGAAGCACAUAGAGGCGCGAAUGUCGUGGCAGGGAGCGGAUGGGGACCACCAUGCUGCUAGUGCUGCUGGCAAGGGUGGUGCUGGUGGCACAGCUGAGUGGUUGGGGGUCCACAGCAGCGCAAGGCAGCACACGGGAAGGCAGCAGCAGCAGCAGCAGCAGCAGCAACCGCAGCAGGCGGGGCAUGCGAGGCAUGGCUAA